GGGUUUACUAUGUUAAAAUAUCUCACCUAUACAAGCGUACAAGCGGGUUGCCACGGGCUAAAAGAAACAAUCAUAAAGCUUAACAGCCAGUAUCUCCCUGAUUUCGGGACUGCAUGCAACCUCUGUUCGCUGGCGCUGAUAGCUGCUGAAUCUGUACGUCCAUUGCUUAGCACGUGCAAUAGCACGCGGGACUCGCACAUCUCCUAAAAUGGAAAUGACACGCAUUUCGUUGAAACGUUGAUGUGGGAUUAUCAAAGGAGACCUGAUUAACGCUUCAAACACACACCAUAAAUUGAUGAAAUGUAUUAGUACUUGAACAAGCUUUCGCUUUCGAAGAGAAACUAUGACAAUAGGGGGCGUAGCUUUCAAGAGAGACAGGCAACACACGUGCACUUGAGAUGUCGAAUUCCAUCACGUCUUGGGAAGGUUUCUCUAGUUAUUUCUGACACGAAUAUUGUGGAUUUCUCCCUGUGUUACAGAAAAUAGAUUUUUGUCAUUCGGUGUGUAAUUAACUUGCGUAACUUGGCAACACCUUGUUACCAUAACAACCAGGUUAUACCUAUAGGAGAUCGACAUAACAGAAAAGGAAGUGCCUCUGCCCCCCUUGCUCGCGAUUGUGGUUCAAGCUUGCUGAUUUCCCUUUCUAUCUCUGGGGAACGGAUUCUGCUAUUUUCGGACAUUUGAUAUCAGAAACGGACCAAAGAAUGACAAAAACAAUUAUGUAUUCUAAUUCUAAAGCAUAAUUACUAUAAUAAUUAAUGAAAAAUUAUAACAUUUCUAAAACAAUUUUUUUAAAUUUAAGUGGAACUAUAAGUGAUAACCUUAAUUUUGCAUUUUAAUCAUCAAACAUCUUACGUGUGUACCGAAUCACAUUAAACAAAGUUGGAACUAACUAUCCUUAUUGACUUUGAAACACAGUACUGUACCAGCACUGCCUUUAUAGACCAAGCUACAGAUAUAACGUAAGAAGUGUCUGUUAUUAGCGACCUCACGCGAGUUACAAGACUCGGUACCAAGAUCUGGAUUACAUCAUUUACUAGGUAGACGAGGCUAUGGUGGAAGUUCUGGUCUAGGUAGCUAUGGCACUGGGUACAGUAACUACACAUUUACCCUCCCCAGCAAUGGAUAUACAGGGCCAGCUCUAGGCAGCUACAGCAGUGGUCUAUCCACAUACAACGCAAUGUCACGAUAUGGCCGAUCAUAUGACAGCAGCUACACCCCACGCAACUACGAUUCAUCAUCAAGGUCAUAUGAUGUCGGGUCAAGGUCACGUGACCUUGGAGCGUCCUCUAGAUAUGACACCUCCUCAUCAACUGGGAGUUAUGGUAGCGACUUGAGUCGUCAGUAUGGAACAGACUGUAAUCUGGAAAGUGGGCAGGGCUACGACAGUGGGCGUGGUCUGGAUAGUGGGAGGAGUUAUGACACGUCAGGCCCGUCCAGUUACGACUCGCGCGGAUACAUUAGCCCACGUACGGGGAGCUCAGAUCUAGGGUACAGCUCAUCGUUGAGGUACGGCCGAAGUGACUACUCUGACAGAUCAACAGAUGUAACUUUAAGAGACAAACCAAAGGAAGAGGAUCCUGACCCUCCUGGGGUUCGGCGGCGAUAUCAGGGGUCAAAGUUCAAGGAUCAGGAUGCACCAUUAGGUCAAAAUCAUGGCGUCAACAAGGAUGACGACUUAGCAUUGUACAAGGCAUCUUAUCGCAGAUAUCGUGAUUCCUACGGCGAGGAGGACAAAUCAGAUUCUGACCGUGGAUCUUUAACUUCUUCUCGUAGGGAAUCGGAGGAAAGGGACCCAAUAGCAGAAAUAAAACGCAAGUACCAGCGUAAGAAACCUGACACUAUAAGUGAAAAUGAAGCAACUCUUUCGCUUUCAAAGACCGAUAAAGUUGAGCCAUCUCAAAGUGCAUUAAUGGACAGGUUAGGGUCAAGUGGUCAGAGUUUUUUAUCUCCGAAGGGCGGGGUUCAAAGGUCACAGAGUGAAAGAGAUGCUAAAGCUGAUCCAGUUGUAAUGGAACAAACAGGAACAGUUGAUGCUGAGGUGGACACGAUGCCAAUCUGGAGGAAGCGACGUCUCGAACGGGAACAAAGGCGGCGAGAUUUUCUCGAUAUGAGUGAAAACAAAUCGAAGGAAAGGGAAAAACUAAAGGAAGAAAUUGAAAACCAGGAGAAAGACAGUGCAUAUUCAUUGAAAAGUGAAAGUAGGAUUGGUGACAAAAGUGAAAGUAAAACAGAGACAGCUAGAGAUAGGUUGCAGCGAUUGAAGGAUGUAAAAAUGCCUCCCAAAAGUUCUAGUGUUGACUCUGGGGAAGAGGGUACCUCACUGGACAGCAGUGAGGGAAAAAGGAUGUUUAGUGCUGAAGCUAUGAAAAAAAUUCUUCUUCAAAGGGACAGUCCCCUCUUGAGGACAAAAUAUGCAGAGGCAAAACGGAAAAAAGAACUAGAAAAAGAAGGAAGUAGAGAGGAAACACCGAUUCCUAGUACAGACAUUAAAACUGAUAAAAGAGAAAGUGUAAUUUCGCCGCUAUCCUUCAAAGCUGAUAGAAUUAAGGAUUCUGAAUUUUCAAGAACAUCAUCAAGGUUUGGGUCAACUCAAAGUCAGGAGUCGCCUCUUUCUUCUUUAGAAAAGAGGUAUUCAGACAGAGAGUUGAAGGACUCAUCUGCCUUAACUGACAGAACUACUUCAAGGCUAGGAUCGGAUUCUGAUGGUAAGUCGUCACGAUUAGGAUCUGAUAGUAAACCAUUAACUCUGGAGCAAAGGAUAGCAGCCAGAAUUGGACAAGAUUCCUAUAAACCCUCUCCCAGAGGUGGCAGAGAGGAAAUGACAACUAUUCCUGAUUCAAGAAUAAUCUCGCCUCUGAACAGGUCUCAGUCGGCUAGGGCACCCAUAGAUCACGAUUUUGGAACUGACAAAAUUUUACCUCAGACUGAUCCCAAACUAUCAAGUUCACUCAGUAGGAGUCACUCCUCAAGGGACGAGAAAGAUGGAUUCCGUUUAGGAAUGGUGUCAGAAAAAAGAUAUCCCUCGAGAGAUCCUUCUGACUCGAGUAUCGGUGCAAGGUCUGUAUCAGAUACUCGAUCAGUGUCUUCUUCCUCUUCCUUGGAUAUGAGGUCGGCAUCCACAUCGUCCAUGGACGCAAAAUUGAGGACUGCUUCAAGUUCUUCAGACACUUCCUCUGUUUUUGUAGAUAAUAAAUAUUCAGUUAAGCCAACUUUGUCUUCCAUUGACCAAAAGUCAUCAGAACGAAAACUGUCUUCCAGAGAUGAACGAGAAAGGGAGUAUGGUUCAACUAGUUACGGAACAAAGUCGACUGCUUCUUCAGAUCUGAGGUCAUCCAAAGUCGCUUCGCAAGCCGAUCAACAGAAAACUGGAAGUAUUAUGUCUGAUAAAUAUUUAGAGAGGAAGAAAAUUGAAGAUGUUCCUAAGGGGAGAGAAUCUAAUGACAUGCGAUCAAAGUAUAUGGAUGUUUUGAAAACUUCUGAAAUUACAAGUAAGAAGGUAGAGAGAAGCCUGGAGCAGGGUAAACAAUUGGAUAAAGAGCGUGUUACUGCCAAAAACGAAUCAACUGCGGAAGCUCCAAGGCCUGUGCCUGCCGAAAGACUCUCAAAGAAGCUAUCCACAUCUUCUGUUUCUUCUGACAAAGCAGCAACUGUAAUAGGGGAACAAGUUAAAUCCCCAAGUGUUUCUUCAACAGAGGAAGUAUCUGGGGAAGGAGAAAAACGUAAGAGUACGGAAAUCAAACGACACAAAGGAUUGAAAGAGAGACUACAGGAAAAGGACAAAAUCCGAUUGAAAAUGUUAGAAAGUGUGAAACAAAAACAAGAACAAAAAGCUAAACUGGAUGAUAAAACUUCCGAUAUUGAUGUGACAGUGACUGCUAAAGUUACGUCAGUUGAUAUUUCUGCAACAAAUUCGAAAAAUAAUCAAGGCGUCAACGUCACACAGAGAAGCCUUCGUACAAACGUGUCUCAAAGUGGCAUAGAGUCGAAACCCUCGCAGGAGACUGUAAGUGUUAGGACGAAUAUAGCAUAUAACAAGGACGUAACGUCAAGAAAUUCAUUCAAGUCGGACAAUAGUACUAAACAACCAGACAAGAAAAAUGCACAAAAUCUUGACAGAACACCCUCAUCAAAACAAAAAACUACGCCAAAAGUUGAUAUGAAAACAGCAACAAAAGUAGAUACAAAAUCAGCCACAAAAGUAAACACAGAAACAGCACCAAAAGUUGAUCGUGAAAUUACAUCUGAAGGUCAAACAAAGGAUGAUGAGAGUAUGAAAAGUCUAGAGGAAGCGCGCUGCAUCAAACCAAGUGACUUGAAGUCCAGAAAAAUCAAACAUUAUGUUAGGUCAAAGUCCAGCCAUUUGCAGGAAGAUGUGGUAAAUGAGAGACCAGAAACUGAAGUAGAAAAGACACAGGAAGUUACUGAGUCUGGUCCCAAGGCACAUCGACCAUAUGGCCAAAUCAAGGCCAAGACCACGGAUAUUGCAAGUCUGCUUGAUAAAGGUCAAGAUGAAACGGUUUCCACCUCAAAUGGCAUCACAAAGGAAGAGGAAGUGGAUAACCAGUCCAGCGCUGAGUUAAGUCGUAUGGAACGAAUUGCUCUGUACAAAGAUGAACGUCGUCGUCAGCUUGCCUUUAUUGCUGCUAAAUUCGGCGAUAGCGACAAAAAGAGUGAUGAUAUCAAAAUGUCAGAAAUUGUGCCAUCGCUAUUUCACACCGCUGCAAGUCGAAAUAAUGGAAGCAACGAGGACAUUUCAACACUGGCAAGGUCGCGAAGUGUAAAAGAGAGUUCCCCACAAAAAACUGUCCCGUCUAUGAUAUCCCGAUGUAGUAGUCUGCGGGAUGGCUCCCCAAGGUUGACAGCAAGCCCCGAAAGAGAUACACAAGACGGGAAAGCGUACCUUGCCAGUAAAUUUUCCAAAUUUCGAGAACGUUUCAAUGAAGAUGACAUUUCCAACACAGCUGAAGAAGAUGCACAAAGGAAGGCUGGACCUCCCGAAAAGGAGCUGUCUUCCCUUGAGAUUAGACGUCAGCGUCUUCUUUACGGAGAGUCCCAGUUCGACAGUGGGAAGCUUCUGGCUGUAAAACCAGAAGAAAAAUUGGAGAAACAAGACAGUACUGAAGAUGACAAACCACUGAAGAGGAGGAGGCAGCUCCCUAAUAUUCCGGCUGCAUUGGGAGGUACCCCAGAUCCUCAGCUGUUUGAUAAGGAUGGUGAGGAUGAUACUGACUCUCCAGGUCAAUCUUCUUCAUCUUCAGGGCCAUCACCAGCCACUGUGAUUACUGCAAGCGGUGCUGAGGCUGUCCUAACAGAUACAUCUAAAGCUAAAUCCGAAUCUGUGGCUAUAAAACCAACAAUGUCACAACAAUCUGAAACAGUGGCUACAAAACAAAUGCUGCCUCACACUGUUAAAUUAAGUGAAAAGGACACAGUGGAAGAUAGUAAGAGGUCUUCCACACUAACAGUCCAACAAAACGUGGACAGUGUCAAAAGUUACGGACAAAAAGCCAAAACAGAUCAGUCUACCAAGAAAUCUCCGUAUCAGAGAUCGUCGGUGAGGAGCAUACAGGAAAUGUUGGGGGAGAAGCCAGAAGAUUCAGGGAAGGAGUCUUCUGCUUCUGGAAUCGAAACAGCUCCCCAACCCUCCGAGAGAAAAGUUACGUUGUCCAGUAGUGUUCAGAGGCAAUCAUCACUGGAUAAAAAACAGGAAAUACCAACGCAGAAAAGUGCAUUGGAAGUGAAAACAGUGCAAUCUAAGGUAACACAGGAGGCUGUGUCUCAGGAUAAACAGAACAUUUCUGUCGCAAAGGAUGGAUCUCAGAAACCAGUGACAGAUCGCGUCAAGGAUGGAACAACAGUAGUUAAGUCUCAACUUGUAACUAGUAAAUCAAAUAAUUUGGAAGUGAAAUCAGAAGCUUCUGAUCAAACUGUUAUUCCACCUUCAAAGCCACAGACUGCAUCCACACGAAAUGUUCAGCAGCCAGUGACAGUGCAGUCUAAAGCCAAAGACGUGAAACCAACGAUGUCUGUCCAGUCUACUGCCAAAGACGUGAAACCAGUAGUGUCUGUUCAGUCUACUGCUAAAGAUGUGAAACCAGUAGUGUCUGUCCAGUCUAAAGCUAAAGAUGUGAAACCACUAGUGUCUGUCCAGUCUAAAGUUAAAGACGUGAAACCAGUAGUGUCUGUUCAGUCUACUGCUAAAGAUGUGAAACCAGUAGUGUCUGUACAGUCUAAAGGUAAAGAUGUGAAACCAGUAGUGUCUGUCCAGUCUAAAGCUAAAGAUGUGAAACCAGUAGUGUAUGUACAGUCUAAAGCUAAAGAUGUGAAACCAGUAGUGUCUGUCCAGUCUAAAGCUAAAGAUGUGAAACCAGUAGUGUCUGUACAGUCUAAAGUUAAAGAUGUGAAACCAGUAGUGUCUGUCCAGUCUAAAGCUAAAGAUGUGAAACCAGUAGUGUCUGUCCAGUCUAAAGUUAAAGACGUGAAACCAGUAGUGUCUGUUCAGUCUAAAGCUAAAGAUGUGAAACCAGUAGUGUCUGUUCAGUCUAAAGCUAAAGACGUGAAACCAGUAGUGUCUGUUCAGUCUACUGCUAAAGAUGUGAAACCAGUAGUGUCUGUCCAGUCUACUGCCAAAGACGUGAAACCAACAAUGUCUGUUCAUUCUACUGCCAAAGACAUGAAACCAGUAGUGUCUGUCCAGUCUACUGCUAAAGAUGUGAAACCAGUAGUGUCUGUACAGUCUACUGCCAAAGAUGUGAAACCAGCAGUGUCUGUCCAGUCUACUACUAAAGAUGUGAAACCAGCAGUGUCUGUCCAGUCUACUACUAAAGAAGUGAAACCAGUAGUGUCUGUUCAGUCUACUGCCAAAGAUGUGAAACCAGUGGCAUCUGUUCAGGCCUUGGAAGUCAACCAAGUGGCAUCGUCAGUUAAGCCUAUGGUAUCCACAACUCAGAUGCAGGUUAAAUCUACUGAAGCCAAGAACGAGCAAAAGGUCCUUGCCUCUAGGAGAAGCCCCGACAAAAGGGUGAUAGCUAGUGCCAAGGAGGUGGUGAGGUCCUCUGACCGGAAGACACCUUCACUGGAGGCAACAGAGGCCAAGGACAAAGUCUCACCUGUUUUGCCGGAACCAGAUGAUAUCACAAAAUCUUCAAAGGGUUCUCACAAAUCUGUUAAUUCUGGACAGGAGAAAGUACCUGUCAAAGCUAAAGCUGUAUCAACAACAACAGUAAGUGUUUCAGCUAAGCAGAUAGAGACAAAAACAAUGGAUUCAUUUAAGAAAGGGAAGGACACUAGGUCUUCUCAUGUACAGCCUCAAAUGGUUGAGGCAUCAGCCGUUCUGUCAAAACCUAAAGAGGGACCUAAGACAUCUGGAAUGGUUGAGACACCUUCUUCUACACAGCAAUCUAUACCUUCAUCUGCCUCUUCACUGAAUGAAGAAGAGAGUAAGACAAUGUCCUCUAGGAGGUUAGAACGCAGUAGUAGUCGAGAAAGAAAGAGUGCGGAGCGACAAGUAGCCACGGAUGCCAAGUUAAAAUUAGAGGCUAGAAUUCAGAAAAAAAUGGAAGAAAGGGCAAGGCUACAUGAGAGGGGACCAGAAAGAAAGUACCAGAAGCCCUCAGAGGGUGAUAAGUCUCAAAGUGUGACAGCAACAGAACGCAAGCAUGGGUCAUCAGAUGAUAGCUCCUCUAAGGAAAAGGGUAGGAGCAGGCGAAUGUUGAAGAAAACGGGGGAGAAAGCAGCAGAAUACAGACGAAGUCGUUCUGUUGGGGAAAGGGAUUCUAAAUCUUCCCGAACUCCCUUCACAGGGAGGACUCCUGUCCAAAAUGUUACUCCUUUGGACAUUAAACAACUGCUAGCAAAGUCGCCUGACUUUAAUCUCGAUGAUUUACUGAUAGAUAAUGCAGAGUAUUUAUCCGACUCGGAGGUACUUGCCAAAGCAAUGUCUAAGGAGGGUGGAAGUGAUACGUCCAGGGAUAAGAAGCCGGGAUCUAAAGUGAAAAGGGUGUUACGCAAAAAAGAUUGGCAACGGAGCAAAUCCGAUACGUCCCAGAUGAUGGCCAUUGCUGAAUCCAAAAGAUUGGGUAAGGUCGGUGAUGGAGGCCUGGAAUUACCUGACAACAGACAGAAACAGUCUGCUGCAGAGGCUGCUGAUAACUCCACAAUAGCUGUACAGUCUAGUCAAACAGAACAGGUGUCGCCUAUCACAGUCUGUACCAAAUCUCAGCAGUCUAGUUAUCUAACAAGGGAAACACAGUCUUUUGUUAAACCACGGAAAAGUCCAGUGGAGGCUUUUACAAAACAAUCCUCGGAAAAAUCCAGUGAUAUGGAUACAAAAGUAUCAAGUAUAGAAAAAGUGAAAGUAGAUGAAAGUGAAAGUAGGUCAAUUAUAAAAACAUCAUUUACUGAUAGUUUUGCAAAAAGUGGAUUAAUACAAGAAGCUACAAAUAUGGAUAAGGAAGUGCCUGUUGGUGGAUUACGAGUUACAACAACUGACAGUGACAGUAGUUCCAAAGUUCAAAGGUCAAGUUCGGACAGGAAGAGGCGGAAAGAUAAAUCGGCAGCAAGGAAAUCGGCUUUGAAUGCUCCACACGCAUCAGUUGCAGAUGUUGGAAGGAAGGCUUUAGAGGACAGAGUUGAGGACAGAUCAAGCUCCUCCAAAGAUGAGUCUACGUCAUCUGAGUAUCAGUCGGCAAAAUCGGGCGUUUCCUCGCGCUAUCCCCUCCACACACCCCAGCAUGGCCUUAACAGUGCACGUCCGUCUAAUUCUCACACCGACGAGCAUGCUCAGCCUAGGUCUUCUGUCCUCGACAAACUGCUGCCGUCACGAUUCAAUAUACCGUCAAAGGUAUCCUCCGGAAUUUCCAUGUUUUCUAGUGAAAGUGAUCGUUCCCGUGACAACAGUGUUACUAACAAACAAGUGGAGGAUAUCAACAAAUCACCAAAACGAAUCGCUAGACAAAAAGACUUCUCGUCCCUUCUACAAAAGUUCUCCAGCUCGGAACAGUCUAGUUCCGAGUCUGAGCCAGCCCCAGUUUCACCAAGACGUAAGUUUAGUCUACGCAGACAGGAAGCUUGUGCCGUAACAAGUAGUGAUGAGUCGAACACGGAGAGGUCACGUCGUACACCUGAACGAACUCAAAGCCUCCGUGUGCGUAAUAGCCCUGUACCUGAAGGGCGUGGAAUAUCCACAGUUCAAAGAUCAGGGAGUUUUAAGUCAGAUUUCAUGAGGAGGCAUAGUCCUAGCCCCACAGAGAGGGUUCCACUUCUUGCGGUGGCUGCUGAAAAAUCUGAUGAUGCUUGGAAUGAGCAUAUGGACAAACCGUCGCCAGAGUUGGCGGCCGUUCUCAGUAAGAGACAGGAAGUUGUGACGGUUCAGCAACGGGAAGGUGAACAACUAGAGAGAGAGAAAAUUACUGAUAAAAGUGUUGAGAAAGAUUCAUCAAGGAAAUACGUACCUGGUGUCAGUGAAAAUAUUGUAGACACAGAAGUGGCAGCCAUCUUGAAUUCCAGGCGGAAAGAAAUGGACGUCAUGGCAACUGAGGUGCUAGCGCCAAGUCACAUGACUCUGUCAGAGAAGUCAGUGGUUCAGCCUAGUAAGUCUGACAUAUCUCAAACAAAAUUCAUAUCAUCUGUACAAAGUUCAAAGGUCAUAUCAGGGGAGGGUUCAUUAUCUCAACCAAAAUCUCAACAGGACAUUAAUAAAGUAUCAUCCAGGGCGAUAGAAGAUAUCAUCAAAAUGGAAAGGGGAUCUCCAGACGGGGAGAGUACGGUCCGAAUGGAUAUUUCAGCCAUUGAUACAAGUCUUGCUGUCCUUGGCAGGGUCACAGCAGAAAUGGACCAUAUAUGUGAAUCAAGUGGGGAUUUACAAUUUCAAUCUAGUGAUCAAAAACUGACCUCGUCUUUGAGUACAUUACACGUGGAAAGCCCAGCUGAUGUUGCUCAGUUUAUCAGCUCGGUUCAGAGAGAUACUGCAUUACCUAGCAGUGACAAAGUGGUACCACCGCAAGAACAACCUGCCGCUAAAAAGGUCACCGCGAAGGUCAUACAUAGGGCAGCCAUUGAAAAGUCGAAGGAGAUCUCAAAGCCAAUGGUGAAAGCUGUCAUAGAGGGCCCCAAAAGGGAAACUACAGACGGGGAUAUAGAGGGGAGGCUAUCUCCUUUCAGAGACCGUGUCUCAUCAGCUGGAAAAAAGAUUCAGCCGUCGACCUCAUUUUCAUUAAAAAGGACACAGUCUUUAGGUAAAGUGGAUAUAUCUGAACAAAAACUAAGAGGAAUAUUAAAACGAACGCCUUCGCUGAAACAGACUUCAGGUGUAAUUGUAGACGUAGAACUGGCAAGUAUCCUGGAGCGGCGUCGGGCUCAGGAAGGCGACGAGGAGGAUGAAGGAGACACGAUGGCCAUCUCUGUCACGGAGGAUAUCAAGGAAACCUAUAGACGUGAACGUAAACAUCGUGGAGAUAGCAUUGACGACGAGGAAAAUGACACUACACGCCAGCCCAGAGGUGUGUCCAUGGCAGAGAGGAUUUAUAACAUGCAGACUCGUCUGGAGGAAAUAAAGUCAUGUCCUGUAACUCCCAAGACUAAAUCUGGUACCACCACCCCAAAGUUCUCAUUUAAAAGGGGAGAAAGUCUCACUCCAAAGACUUCUGCAAGCUUUGACUUUUCGUCUGAUCAGCCUUCCGUAUCGGGGGAGCUCUUGAUGGAAAAACUGAGUAGUCUGGCUGACAAAGGCAAAUCUGUGACGUCAAAACGCAAACAAUUCCAGGAUAGCAAACGGGAUGACUGGAGGCGACGCACACAGCCAGUCACUUUGGAGGAAAUCCAGGAGGCUGAUAGUUUAGAAUCGGUGAGAGCAUUUCGUGCCGAAGUGCUUCGUAAAGCAUCAACAAAUGUGUUCCAGCAACACCAAAAACCAAAAUCACUUCCCACCAAAAAGACUGAGUUUCCUCAUCCGUAUCAUCGUUUAAAACCGAAAAAGUCGAGAAAAGAUCGACACAAAACACUUCCAAUAACUGCAGCAGAAUUGAGCGCCAUUCCAGAAGGUCAAACAGGUGAACUUGUGACCUUCAGAACUAAAAAGGAUAGUAACGGAAAUCGGGAUUCAAAAACAGAUUCUGGAAUUCUUUCUGACGUUGAAGUUGACUCCCAAAUCUGGGACAAAAUGUCGGACAGUUUACGAAGUCUCAGUUUGGAAACCGAUCUGAAUGAAGACGACCCAGCUAGGCUAAGUGUAUCAGCGAAAGCUUCUUUGUUUAAGCAACAAAUUGAAGAGAAGUCGAAGUCAGCAAGUGGGGCAAAGCGAUACAUUGACAGGAAGAAACGGGAAAGGUCAAGGACACAACCCGUAACAGAAGAUGAGGUAAAAAUAGCCGCAACCAUGGGCGACGAAGGGACAGAAGGGACAGAAGAAAGGGUGGAAAAGGCAGACGGGGAGAAGAAAGAUUACAAGAAAGAGGAGAAAGAAGACGAUAAGGAGAAGGAUGGGGGGAAACCACAAGCAGGCAAUGAAUCUGAUGAGGGGGACGUUUCCAGAUUGCCCUUGGAAUGUAGCCUAGCAGAGAAAGUGAAGCUUUUCUCAAACCUUAAGGAGCAGGAGAAGAAAGCCCCAUCAAAGGCGCCUGUUUUACGGAGGCGUAAUCGCAAGGUCGCUUCUAGGUUCAAUACACAGCCGGUGACUAUAGAAGAGGUUGAGAAAGCUGCCGAGUAUCGAAUCUCGCCCUUAGCGAUGAGCCUAGUAAAGCCCCCAGACCCAGAGCUCCUGAAAACUCUACCCAUCCAAGCUCAGCGAGACCUCAUCGCCCAGCAUGCUGAGAUUUGUCUGUCUACUCCAACUUCGCGGUCAAGCUCUCGCCAUGGGUCCAUGAUGGACUUAGCUGUUGGAGGAUCCCAAAAGGGAUCGACCUCUGACCUUGGAGCGAAAUCCCAAACAGGUUCUGCGGUAGAUAUAGGCAAGGGUUCUGCUCCUGAUCUACGGAAAGAAUCUCAAAAAGGAUCGUCUUCGGACGUCCGAAACGUAUCAACUCCGGACCUGUCUCAGGAUAAAGGAGUACAACUCUCUGAUUCUACGAAGGACUCGAAAGAUGUAAAAAGCAUUCUUAAGUCAGAUAUGAAAAGUCCAGAGAGGGAAAUAAGGGGCAUUCUCAAACCUGACGUGGAAAAAGAGAAAGAAUCUCACGAAGAACCUAAAAGCAUCUUAAAACUGCAGGAGGCAGACACAUCAACUACAAAGGCAUCAGAGGAGCCUAACAGUGUCCUUAAAACUGAGGACAGUGGAAGGUUGGCUACUGUAGCGGACGAGCAAGGAGGAAUUCUAAGACAUAGCGAUGAAAAUGUGGUCGCCAAGAAGGCAGACGAAAACACUAAAAGCAUUAUGAAGCAUGAAUCUCAGGUAGAUAGAAUAAAAGAUGUAGAGGAAAAGGCAACGAGGGACGGCUCUGAAGAAAGAUCCGAACCUCGAGGAAUUCUCAAAAAGGAAAGCAGUUUUGAAUUGAAGAAAACUGAACCUGAUAAAAGUGUGCUGAGGAAAGGUCCUGCCAAAGACUCCCCAUUCUUAAGUGAAUUACGCGGAAUUUUAAAGAAAGAUUCGUCAGAGGAGAGUAUAGAGGUCACGAGUGCUGAAGAAACGCUGGAGGUGUCGUCUGCCCAUGAGCAAGUGUCAACACCUAUUGUGGAAAAUGGCACUUUGAAGAAAACAACAGAUGGUGAAAAAUCUGAUGUUGCAGACACAGAGAGUCUUGUCCGAAAGAAAGGAAGAGACAAAAAACAAGCUGAGAGUGGGAAAAUGAUUCACUCAAAGGUAGCCGCACUUAGAAAAAGAUACCUGACACAGCCAGCAGAGAUCACGACCCCUAACAAGUCUCCGGAGACCCCUCACAGGAAGUACACAGGUCGACACAAGACUCAGCCAAUCACUCCAGAGGAAAAGAAACUAGCAGAGGAUCGACAGGAGGGGAGCAACAGCUCCAUCAAAGACAGAUUGAGUGCUCUGAAGAAGAGCGGAGAUGAGGAGUGGCGGAAGAGAGUUUCAAAGAGUAUCGACUUUGACAGUCCUGUUGAUGUUAAGGGCAGAGCAGCUAGUCCAGUUGAAGUAAAACUUCGGGAAAAACGCUCCCUAUCACCCGUCGGCAGGCCUUCAAGUAUCGCAGACAGGCUCUGUCAGAUUAAAAGUUCUCAAGAAGGAUGGAAGGGUAGAGUGGAGGAAACGGAUGCCAAGAAAUUCACAGUGGCUCACAAGAUAGCUGGCCAAGUAGAAGAUAGUCCGUUAGUGUCUAAGCUGAAACGUCUGACUAAACGAGAGUCCGAUUCAGAAUCAGGGUCAGAGCUUACAUCACCAUCGACCCCCAGCAAAGAAUGGCCCAAAAUUCCCUUCCCGACCACUCUGGUGUCAGGUCCCCCAGUAGUGGAUGUUGCCAUGGAGAUCAAAGCUGAGGAGGAGGAAGAGGAAGACAAGGGCCCAGUCAAAGUCAGUGUCCCUCAGCAAGACAACCUUGAGUCCUUCUUCAUCACAAAGUCUACAGAGCUCAUUAUCAAAAACGAGAAGGUCCAAGUAGAAGUUGACACCUUCGAUGAUCUAUUUAUAGAAGCUAAUGACAUUUUGACAACAACAAGAAAGAUUCGACCAAAACGUAAACACUCUGCCCGCAGUAAAAAUCCUCUGAAGACAAUGUCCUUGAACUUGGAGGUCAAGUCUGAAUAUGAAGAGGUCAAGGUCGGAUAUGCAGAGCAAGAGUUAAAGCGACAAAAGACGGCUCAAUUUUCCAAGGAAGCAGGGUUCGCUCAGGAGGCACUAGCUGGUCUCGCUAGCAAGGAGAACUUCUCCAAAGUGUCGUUACGUAAGACUGCGGAACAGGCCACUAGUGGAACCUCACGCCUUGAACCCUACAAAGAUCUCAUGCUGCUCCAUGUCAAAGGACGUCGGCGUGUACAGACAAGACUUGUGGAGCCCGUGGCCAUGUCAAUCAACAGUGGUGAUUGCUAUGUCCUGGUGACCCCCGACAAAGCUUUGACCUGGAUUGGGGAAUACUGUAACGUUAUAGAGAAGGCCAAGGCAGCAGAUGUGGCCUCAAUGAUUGUUCAGAAGAAGGACAUGGGCUGUAAGGGAGCUACCGCAGUAGGUUCCGUGGAGGAAGCUCGCCAACAUCUCGGCACAGGCAAACAGUUCUGGGCUGCUCUUGGAGGGCAGAAGGAAAUCGCUCCGGUAGGCCCCACAGAGGAGGAUGAGUUAUAUGAGAACCACAUUGUGGAAACCAACAUGGUGUACCACCUAAAAGACAACACUCUCCAGCCUUACCAAGAGUACUGGGGCACCGUCCCAAAGUACGAGAUGCUCAAGAAAGAUCAGGUCCUCAUCUUUGAUUACGGGACUGAGUUUUACAUCUGGCAAGGGAAGGCGGUGAAACCAGACCAACGUAAACUUGCCGUGAAACUAGCACGUCAGCUUUGGGACAAGGGCUACGACUACAGUAGCUGUGCUAUCAACCCCCUCUGUCUAAAACUUGAGGAGGAGGGUGGAUUACCAGUGAAGAAUUCUGUUCGGCCAUCUUGGACACUGUUUGGCAAAGUCAACCAGAACAUGGAAACAGCCCUGUUUAAAGAGAAGUUCUCUGAUUGGCCGGAUAGUUCACGCCUUAUAAGGUGCAAAAGUCAAACAGAUCUUGCUGGAAACAAGGUGGACCUAGUCGAGCUGAAACCUUACGACGCCAAAUUAAUGAUUCCUGUUGACUCAAAGCCGGUGUCACUACUUCUGGAGGGAUCACAUGUCGGCAGAGGGGUUAGAUGGUUUGAGGACAUGGAAGGUUUCACGAGGGAGCAGAGUAUUAUAACCAAGGGAGUGACUGUCUGGCACGUCCUGGAGUACGACCACUUCAAGAUGCCAGACCUGAGCUUCGGUCAGUUUCACGACGGCGACACUUACGUGGUCAGAUGGCAGUACAUGAUUACACAAGCAGGUAUGAAGGGCCUAAAGGGAAACCAGGUGCGUCGGUCACAGGUUGGACGUGAGAGAUGCGCCUACUUCUUCUGGCAGGGGCGCAACUCCACCAUCAAUGAGAAAGGGGCUUCGGCUCUCAUGACUGUGGAACUCGACGAGGAACGAGGCCCUCAGAUACGUGUAGAUGAGGCUAAAGAAAUGCCCUGCUUUCUAAACCUGUUCGGUGGAAAGAUGGUAAUCCAUAUUGGUAAGCGUGAGGAAGAGGAUAGCAAUACCCAGGGUUGCUGGAGAUUUUACUGUGUUCGUAAUGACUCUACAAACGAGGCAUGUCUCGUGGAGAUUCAGGCCGGCAUGGAGUGUUUACGAAGUCGGUCAUCCUUCAUCCUGGUCAAUGUCAACAGUGGACUUCUAUACCUCUGGCAUGGUGCCAAGUGUCCAGAGCAUGUUAGGGUUCUCAUAAAGGCAGCUGUGGACAACCUGAAGGCCAAAUGUCCUUUAGAAGUUGGUCUGCAUGACAAAGCUGAAAUCUAUGUGAUAGAAUUGGAGGAAGGAGCUGAGCGUGACGAUUUUCUAAAGGUCAUGGGGUCAGAUGGUACAGACAGAACUAUGUACCAUUCACUACUGUUAGAUCGCAAGCCCCAUGACCACACGGUCAGACUUUUCCACAUGUCCAGUGUGUCCGGAGUGUUUGAAGUUCAUGAAAUCCAGAACCCGUCCCGCACCCCAGAUCUAGUCUGCCCCUACCCUUUCUUACAGUCGGACCUCUACAAAGCCUCCCAGCCUGCCCUGUUCCUGGUGGAUAACCACCACACUGUGUUCCUGUGGCACGGCUGGUGGCCGGAGGGAGACGCCGAGGUGGACAACGUCAUCACCGGGUCAGCUCAAGCCAGGUUCAAUGUUGACCGCAAAUGUGCAAUAGAUACCGUUCUCCAUUACUGCCAAGAGAAGAACCCCGACAACCCCCCCUCAGCCUACGCUGUCCAUGCCGGUCUCGAGCCCACAUGUUUCACCAACGUGUUCCCCUACUGGGAGGUCGACGAGAGUGUCAACACAAUCAAUCUCAGGGAAGGUAAAACUGACGGUGAGAUGGUCUCCCUGCAUGACAUUCUUGAGAAAAUGACCAAGGCCUGUUAUACGUUCGUUGAACUACAGGAGCGCCCUCUGCCAGAUGGAGUCGACCCCUUGAAGCUAGAAAAAUACUUGAUAGACGAAGAAUUUGAAGAGACAUUAGGAAUGACAAAAGAUGCGUUUUACGCACUUCCUAAAUGGCAGCAACACCAGCUGAAGAAGGAUGUUGACCUUUUUUAGAGAAAUCCACACUUUGAUUAACUUAUGUAUGUCUCACUAAGGGAGAAAACUGUUUGGAAAUAAACUGGCGCUUCCAUUAUGUGCAGAGGGAGAAAGCUGUUCAACAGACUCGUGCUCCCAUUGUUUAUAAAGGGAGAUAACUGCUUGAAUUGUUUAUGAAGGGAGAUAAUUAUUUGUUAAGCUGUGCUCUUGUCAUUCUACAAAGGGAGAUAACUGUCUAAUGGACUGGCACUUCCAGAGGCUGCAAUAAACCGAACGGUAUGCAUCUGUUGUGAUGACCAACACAUUGAGAUUAAAACUUCAGCAAUAUUAAUGUCUAAUUCCAGGUCUUUAAAAAUACGGUGCUUCCAUUUUUUUCACAUACUCAACUUACCUGGUAGAUAAAAAUCCAGUUUUCUUUAAAGAAACCAUUGUCAACAUUCUUAAAACUAUUUUUUCAUACAAACUUAAGAUAUGUUUUGCAAUUUUUUGUGUCAUAUACUUUCUGUAUUUUAAUAGAGACAGAAUAGAAUUCAUCAACACUACAGCUAUAGACUAUAUACAUAUAACUAAACUGCUUAAUACCUGGAGUCCGAGACUUGUGAACUUAUUACUUAGCUAAUGAACUACGUCAGAAUGUUAACGCUUGGUAAGCUAUUCAUACAGGAUAUACAUUGAUCUGGUUGAUUUAGAAUAGAUUCUGGCCAAUGUUUGAAGCUGUCAAUCAUUUGUGAAUAUUCAUUCAUACAUUGAUAUAUAUAUAUAUUAGUGAAUAUUCAAUACCAGUGUGUUGCUGAAUUGUUCAAGCUUAUGUUUUGUUGGUAGCAUGUGAUUUAUUUCUAAAAGGCAGCGCAACCUUGAAGAUUAGCAUUGUUUUGCCAUCACAGGCCUUCCUAUUUGAUUUUGAUGUAGUUUAUAUGCAAAAACUUGACCCUGCACCUUCUUCUGAAAGAGUUCUAAAAGGGGGGAUAACUCCAAGAGUACACUUGAAGAGUCAUCAUGACCUCAUAAGUUAGUUGAACUAUAGAUGUCUAGUUGUACCUUUAGUUCAAAGAAGAGUUAAGAUUGUUUGAAACAUGGCUUUGGAGUACACUGUAUUAAGAUUGUUUAAACAUGGCUUUGGAGUACACUGUAUUAAGAUUAGUUUCGAUUUGGAGCUAUACCUACUUUUUUGGCAAUUUUUCCAUUAUUUCUAUAAAAUCUUAGAUUUGUUCAUCACAAGAACGAAGCACUGUCUAUGUUGGUGAUACAAGCGGGCAUAUUUUCUUUACUAACACUUAAAAUGUUGCCAACAGUUAAUUUCUAUACGAGGCUUUUUUAUUGGUGACAUUGUUGUAAGUCAGGAUAACAUUGUUUUCUGUCUGACAUGACAAUUAUAUCAUGUGACAUAACGGUCUCACGAUAAUCCAAUAUUAUGAUUUGUUGACAUGUGCCCGUUACCCAUUUUGUGAUGUCUCAUUGUAUGGCAAUCAUCCAAAACUGUGUAUGAACUAAAUCUGAUUUAAAAGAAAAACAAAUUUUGAAGAUUUUUGCAAAAAAAAAAAUGUAACUUUUUACAGAAACUUGUGUGUGAUUUUGGUUUUAUACUGAAUUAUGCUCUCUGAUAAUUGCAUGAAAGUUAAAUCCCUUAAUUCUUGAAAGUCUGAAAUUCAGACACCUUGACUGUACAUCUAUUGUCUCUGUUGUGACGUCGUAACUAUAAUCCUGAAUUCUGUGACAUCAUUUUAUUCCCAUUUUAUGACAUCACUGUAUGUCAUAGAUAA